AACCGGAAGUAAACAAGCCGCUAGCAGCAUCGUUAGCUUUCCUCGUGUGAGGACGGAGCAGGAAGACGGUUGUGUUGUCGUCUCUCAGCUGAAUAUUUCAGUGUUUCAGCAACAAUGUCUUCAGUUCAGCAUCUGAGAGAGUUUAUCAGCGAGCGACUAACUGCUGCUGCUGAAGAAAUAUUCACAGAGUUUGAAAAAACCAUCGUCCAGUACGAAGAAGAGAUCGAUCGUCAGCGCAGACUGCUGGAUAUCACCUGGAAUCCACAGAUAAAGUUAAUCAGAACAGAGGCCCCACAUCCAUAUUUCUGUAAGGAAGAGGAGGAGUUCCCAGCUGACCUGCAGCUGUGCAGCUCAGAUCUGGACCAGGAGCAGCCAGAGUCUGUACUUGUUAAAGAGGAACAGGAACUCUGGACCAGUCAGGAGGGGGAGCAGCUUCUGCUGAAGGAUGAGACUGAUACCUGCUCGCUUCCUGCUGCUCAUGAGGAAAAUGAGCAGAGUGACCCAGAACCACACAGAGACCAUGUUCCCUCUUCCACCUCGCCUGUAGAUGAACGUUCACGUUUAGAAGGAAGCGAGGUUGGAGACUCAGGACCAGCAAGACGUGCACAUCUGAAGCCAAACAAGAGUUGUCAGAGAAAGGGAAACAACAAUGUAGGAAACUCUGUCCUGGUAGAAAGUGGCUGUAAUACACAGCAACCAGCUGACACCUUGUUCUUUCCUUAUAUAAGAGGAAGAGGACUUUUUAACCAGUCAUCACUUGAAAGACUUAAAAAGCACCACACAGAUAAGAAAGACUAUUCCUUCAGAACCUGUGGGAAACCGUUUGAAGAUAAGAGCAAGCUAACGAUCCAUGGAAGAGCUCACACCGGGGAGAAGCCGUAUUCCUGUCAGACAUGUGGGAAAUGUUUCAGUUUAAAAUGUUCCUUGUUGAGACACAUGAGGACUCACACCGGGGAGAAGCCGUUUCCCUGUAAAACAUGCAGAAAGUCUUUCACUCAGAAGUGUGAUUUGUUGCGUCACGUGCGAACUCACACCGGGGAGAAGCCGUUUUCCUGUCAGAUCUGUGGAAAAUGCUUCAAUCAAGUCAGUUCUUUGGUUUGUCACGUGAGGACUCACACCGGGGAGAAGCCGUUUGCUUGUCAAAUCUGUGGAAAAAGUUUCGCCCGGAAGUGUGAUUUGAUGCGCCACGUGAGGACUCACACCGGGGAGAAGCCGUAUUCCUGUAAGUCAUGUGGAAAAUGCUUCAAUCAAGUCAGUUCUUUGGUUUGUCACAUGAGGACUCACAAGAACUCUGAAAGUGCUGUUUUGGGAUGAAAUAUGAGGACGAAGAAAAGACAUUAGUGAUGGUUUAUCCCUCCAUCAACAUUAAAACCAGCUUUCUACACUCACCCAUUUACUUUCAGGCUUUUUGGUUUUUCCUUUUUUAAAUAAACAAGUUUUUAUA